AUGGAUUAUUCGUGUGGACUCGGUCCUCAUUUAAGUGGGUCACUCAAACGAAGCAACAAUCCUCGACGUUCUAUUUCUUCAUCAAAAUAUAUUGGGGGAAUUGACUGGCAGCUACGCAAUCAAUUUACAGAACAGUUGAAAUGUCUAGAUCUUAAAUUAGAUAUUGAUUCUACUGUAGUCGCUGAACUUCAGGAUUUUUAUCGUCGACGAGCUAGUGUAGAACAGGAUUAUUCCGAUGCCUUAGCUAAACUUGCCAAUGGGUUAAAACAACGUCAUGUGAAUGAAACAACAAAACGCCCUCAUUGGGCGCCUUAUACAGCAACCACCAUAUGGAAUACAUUACUUGGUUCAACAUUACAUCUAGCUGAAGCUCAUGCAACUUUAUCUGAUAUUUUUUCGAAACAAAUGGUUCAACGUUUAGCUGAUAUGGAUGAAGAUGCUGUCCGUUUGCACAAACAGUGUCGUGAAAUGAUGUCCUCAUGUCAAGAUCGUGUUUUAGCCAAUACUACUAAACUCCAGGCCGAUCAACGUGAAUAUGCACAUAGGCAAGCCGCAGCAUUAGAGGCUGAUCGAAUCCGUCGUCGUGCUGAAGAUAAACUGUUAGCUGCUAAUCAAAAAGCCCGUAGUAAAGGCAAAGAUCCUGAUAAUAGUCAACGGUCUAUGCGAGCUCAAAAUGAAUUCGACUUGAAACAAGCGAAUUAUAUCAAUGCGAAUUUAUCAACAACUCGUGCACGAAAUGAAUAUUUAAUACAGUUGGCUGCCACUAAUCACAGUGUUCAACGUUAUUUCACUCAAGAGGCGCCGGAUAUAGUUGAGUGUUUAUUUUGUGGUUUUCAUAAUAGUCUGGCGCGUUCAGCAAUGAUGCAUUUAAGUUGUGAAGAAACAUUGAAAUCAUGUCAUGGUUCAAUUGUUGAAAUGUUAAAUAGAAAUAUUACAGCACUUGAUUUACGACAAGAUAAAGCAUGCUUUUUCAAACGUAACGAACAAGUGUAUACACGUCCGGGUUAUUUUAAAUUUAUGCCAUCCAAAGAAGAUAUUGAAGAUCAUAUUCGUCCAGAUGGUCCAUUGUAUGAUGAACUUCAAACAACAGCUAGUCAACUUACGGCUAGUAUCGAAGCACUCCGUGUAUCGACAGAUGAAACUUGGAAGACACUAGAAGAGGUUGAAAAGAAGUUAUUAGAAUUAAUUAAUCAGAAAGACUAUGAUGUCUCACGAUUGUUUUGCAUUGAAAAGCCUCGUUCAAGACGUUCACUUGUUGGUGUUGGUGGUGGUGCUUCGGCUGGCGUGUCGAAUAACUUAACAACUUCUAACCCUUUAGGAAGUAGUAUGGGUAGUAUUGGAACUGGUUCUAUUACUUCAUCUUCGUCUUCUUCUCCUGGUACAAUCAGUGCUGCAAAUGUACAUUCUAAUCAACAGAUAUUAUCUACAAGUGGCCGGAGUACAAGCCCUGGUUUGUUGCCUAGUUCAACGGCUAUCGUGAGUCAAGACAGUAGUUUACAGGAUACUUCUAAUUUAUCAACUGUUUCACAGACUAAUCAUUCAGGUUCAACUACAUUUGGUGGGAACGAUCCAACUCAAGCUGGUUUAUAUCUUCGUCUCAGGUCAUUGUUUCGUGAUUCUAGAAUUGAACAAGAGAAGUUUUAUUUAGAUAGAUUUGCACACUAUACCCAAGAAAUGCAUAUUUGUCAAUUAAUGCAAGUGAAACUUGCACAAAUUCAAAAUGCACUAGCUUCUUCACAACCAAACUCACAUGAAUCAAUACCUCAAACAUCGCCAUCUUCUCAAAACCUGAAAUCUAUGCUUCGACAUGGUAUACCUGUUUUACCAAAACUACCUGGAUAUAAUAAAGACUUUACAAAAAAUCUCAAAUCUCCAACUUCACCAACUUCUAGUCAUUCGAAAAUCGAUAGUGAUUCUUUUAAUUCACCUAUUCUUGCAUCAUCAUCUCAUUGUGAUGUAACAUCAACACCUGUAUCAAAUCCUUCAUUUUCCAGCCAUUCUGGAAGUCAAUCUACUCUAGUCAGUAAGCAUCAAGCCCGUCGUGUCCUUCGUGUACCGAAUGUUGGCAAACCUAAACUGUUUGGUGGUACCAUAGAUGAAUAUGUAGAAGCUACUAAGCAACCGAUCCCUCGCAUUGUAUUAUCUUGCAUUCGUGUUAUUAAUGAAUAUGGAAUGCAUCAACAAGGUGUAUUUCGUGUCUCUGGUAGUCAGGCAGAAAUUAAUGACUUUAAAGAUGCUUUUGAAAAUGGGGAUGACCCUCUGAUUGGUAUUCAUGAGGCAAGAGAUAUAAAUUCAACUGCUAGUCUGUUAAAAUUAUAUUUUCGUGAACUAGGCGAGCCUCCAUUUCCAGAUACCAUUUUCUUAGAACUUAUAGACAUAACACGUAAACAUCGGGAAAUCAGUGAAAUGAUUCGACGCUUACGUCAUGUGAUCACAGAAAAUUUGAGUAGACCAGUUUUUGUUGUAAUGAGAUAUUUAUUCGCAUUUUUGAAUCAUGUAUCUGAAUAUUCUAAUGAGAAUAUGAUGGAUGCAUACAAUUUGGCUAUUUGUUUUGGUCCAACAUUAAUCCCUAUUCCAAGUGAAUAUAAUCAAUUACAUUGUCAAUCAAGUGUUAUUGAUUUAAUCAAACUACUCAUUGUACAUCAUUUAGUAAUCUUUGAUCAUAUGCUACCUGGACCUGUGUAUACCAAGAAUAAGUAUAAUAUUAGCACUAAUAAAACUACAAGUCAUAAAUCUGUGACCAGUUUAGACUCACAUCGUUUAUCACUUUCGUCAAAUAAUGCUAUCGAGAUAAAUGCAGAUAAACAACAUAUUAAGGAUGAUAGUAGUAAUUCAUUCAAACAAAACUUUCAUAAUACAUGUCAAUUUUCAAUGGAAUUAAAUGUUAAACACCAAUCAACUACACAUUUGGAUCAUGUACAGAGUAAUGAUAAUAAUAAUAAUAAAAUUUCACCCGCGGAAUGUGGUAAAGCAUCAAGUGUUGGCAAUCUAAUUGACAAUGAGACAUUAUCUUCGUCUAAGCAAAAUGAAACUGUUAGAGAUGAUGACUACGUGUUUUCUGAAGAUGUCCAAUCCAUAUCUGAUAGUGAAGAUUCCGAACCAGCGUACACUUUAGCUGUCGCUCGAGCAGAUUUUACUGGAUCAAGUGAACGGGAAUUAUCAUUUCAUCAAAGUGAUGAGAUUUUUCUUUAUCGUCAAUUAAGUCAACAUUGGUGGGAAGGACAAUUAGCUUCAGAUUCGAGUUGUAAACGUGGCUUAGUACCACAUUUAUAUGUUGUACCGAAAGCUGCUCUAUUACACCUUGCAGCAUGUGAAGAAGAUAAUCACAGCAAUGAAAAUCAUCUGUUAAAUGAGAUGACUAUUGAUCUUUCUAAAAAGAGUGGAUAUACAGCAAUUGAUGGAAGUUUAAGUAAUUUAGAUCAUGUCGAUGCUGUUAAUAAUGAUGAUGAUAGUAAAAGUGUAACAGAAAAUGGUAGUGUACUCAGUUGGAAUUGUCCUUCUGAAAGUUCAAACGAAAAUAUUCUUUCUGAUACUAAUGAUAGUAAAGUGCAUCAUUUAUCACAGUCUGAAACUCCAAUUUCAAUAGUUGACAAAUCAAAUCAAUCGGAAACAAUAACCUUGUCUAAAACUAUUCACGAUAGUUCUAUUCUCAAAGGGAAUUCUUCAGUGAUUGAGAUUUCUGAUAAAGGUGUAAAAUCGACUAUUUGUAAGGAAAGUCCAAAUAGUACAUCAGAAUCUCCCGAAUCUAAAGAUAAAAAGUCUUUACCAGAAUUCGGUUAUUCAGAUAAACUCGUGAUGCAUCGGUUUAAUCAUCGUUAUACUAUUGGUUAUCCAGCCUUUGGGCCUUUAGGUUCUGUUCCUGAAAAUGAAGUUAUAUCACCCAGUGAAUUAACUCCAUCAUCUCCUGUGUAUAGUUUAAAUGAAGCCAAUAAUCGUUGCCAAUCUGUAGGCGAAGGCAGCUCUCGAUUUUUGUUUAAUUCCGACGUUGAUACAGCUUUAGAAGAGGUUAUGCGUGGUUUAACUUCUUUGGAACAAGCAGAUAACCGCAAUAGUGAUUCUAGAACGCUUGAACGCAACCAAGAACUGACUCGUAAGCUUUACUUACCUAGCGCGAAACAUGCUCCAGAUUUAGUCAUGGAUCUUCCCAUUUCAACAGAUUCUAAGGUGCAAAAAUGUACACCAUCUCCCAGUUGCACUCAUGAAGAGUCGGCUGACAGUUUUGCUGAACAUUUCGCCGAGCAAACUUUGAAUACAAUGCGAAAGCGCUCUGAAACCCAAUCAUCACCACAAUCGUCAGUAACUUCAAGCCAAUGUCCCGCCAGUGACGGUGGUAACUCAAGCUAUGGAGAACUUGGCAAAGUUAUUCUACGGAGUAAAUCUAAUCAUACAGUUCAAUCGGUAGAAGUUCCUAGAAGCUUGCCCCGUUUGAAUAGAGCAAGUUCUGAAGAAAAAAAACAUGAAAUACCACAGACUGCCGAUGAACAACCGACUAGUGAACCGAAACUUUCAAUCGCUGCUCGAGUAGCAGCUUUCGAAGCAACUAAAUCUGAUCCAUCUGGUUCUUCCAUAAACUUUGCUCCAAAAUUAGCUCCUAAACCUAAAAGAGGUUAA